AUGGAGCUCAGACAAGGUGGCAGCAAGGGAGCAGAACCUGAACUGGGCCUGGCGAGUUACUGCACUGGAAGGCCAAGGGCAAGCCACGUGGCUGAUGUAGGUGGAGUUCCUCCAGGGCCAGCUGUUUCCAGAGAGGACCUAGGCCCCUUGGUGGUAAUUGGGACCCUAGGAGGGUCUGUCACUCUGCCCCUGCAGCUGCUGCUCGGACAGCAGGUGGAGAACAUCUCCUGGAUCUCCCGUUCAGUCCCUGUGACAAUCGCCUCAGUCACCAUGAUCAGCAACCUGAGCCUGGAGGAUGCAGGGUUCUACCGGGCCCACACUAACCUGAGGCAUUCUCCCAUCACCCACACCCAGCAGUACCAUCUGCAAGUCUAUGUGAACUCCAGGAUGGGAGAGAAUGGGUACUGUAUCAUCAUCCUGACAUGUGUGACAGAAAGCAGAGGAGACACCAUGACGUAUACAUGGAUUCCCCUGGGACCACGUAUGGUGGUGUCCCUAGGAUCUGUUCUCAGUGUGUCCUGGAGGCCUGAGGACAGUGCUCUAACCUUAACCUGCAUAGUCAAGAAUCCAGUCAGUACCAGCAGCUCCCACCCAGCCUCAGUGCCACACUCCUGCCCAGAGAGGCUGCAGGAACCCCGUAUCUCUGCCAGUGCCCGGAUCAAGAGCGAUGGGACCUGUUUGCUCACCCUGGUCUGCUCCCUGGAACAGGUGUUAGAGGAUGUUCAGUACAGCUGGGACCCCCACAGCCAGGAGGCUGUUGUGUCCCAUGGGGGAACCACUCUCGGUACCUCUUGGAAAUCGGGUGAUAGUGACAGCUACUGCUGUACUGCCAGCAACCGCAUCAGCCAGAGCUCCAGCUCCAUCCUCACCAGACCCCUGUGCUCAGACUCUCCUCCAGAUUCUACUGACCGGCAUCCUCCUUCAAAAGCCUGA